UUAAUGACAAUUCAAGUUCGCAUUGGUCAUUGACGUAAAUUUACCGAAUUUACCGACUUUAAAGUUUAAAUAAUAGCAAUUCCCUUGUUAUUUAAAAAGGAAUAAAAUUUAAAAUCUGAGGUGGCAAGAAGGAUGUGUAUUUCAUUGCCGGUCCUUGUUAAUUACAGUUAAUAAAGCUAUCAAAGAAAAUUGUUCCAAAAUCGACAGCUUGUAACCUCAGGCUUAAGUAGUAAAAUGUCUUUAUUUCGUAAGCCUAAAAAGAUUCAGCGACGCGUGUUUUGUGCCGAUGAUCAGGAUGAUAGCGAUCCUGAGCCUCCACCGCCACCGACAAUUAGUCAUAAGAAAGAAAAUAAAACUGCGAAAGGCAAAACAUUGUUAAGUUUCGCGGAUGAAGAGGAUGAAGGAGAGGUAUUUAAGGUAAAGAAGUCAUCACAAAGUAAGAGGUUAGCAAAGCGCAGGGAAAAAGAGAAGCGUACCCAACCUGAUGAUGAAAUUCACAAAGUUGAAAAUAAUGGCAUUGAGGAAAAUCAAGCAGAGGAGAAAGAUAUUAUUAAGAAAAAGAAGAAAGUAUCCCUUGAAGGGAUGAUUCUGUCAGGAAGAGAGGCACUAGCUGCAGAUGGGGCUGGAGAUAUUUCAGACGAAAGUGGCAAUGAAGAUGAGGAUAGUAGGGGUUUCCACCAGUUCCGCGCGGAAACAGUCCGAGCGGCGCUGGCUGGUGCGGGACAUAUUCCCGAUGCCGCACUCAUCCAUGCGGCCCGCAAGACGCGACAGCAGGCUCGUGAACUUGGUGAUUACAUCCCAAUCAAAUCUGAUACUCCAUCUGGCUCUCGAUUGAUUCAUGAGGAUGAUGAUGAUGAUGAAGAAGAAGGCAGAAUUCAAGUCAGAGGGUUGGAGUUGCCUAGUGAUAAACCAAAACGUGGAACAGCAACAUUAUCGGAUGAAGAGCUGAACAGUGAAGCUGAAGAAUGGGAGGAACAACAGAUGCAGAAAGCGGUGCCCUCUAUUGUUGAUAUCACUGGUGAAACUGAGUUGAAUCCUUUCGCUGUGGCCCCCCUGCCCGCAAGACUUGAGGCUCCGCAGCACUUAAGGGCCCUCGGGACUCCAGCCGGGCCCCCGCCCACCACAGCACAGGAAUUAGUACUAGCUCUACAAAAAAGGUUAUCUGAGCUGCAAACAGAUCGCCAAGAAACGAUAAACAAAAGACAGACUUGCCAGGAAAGAUUAUUAACCUCUGCCCGGGUGAGGGAAUCCCGCUCUGCCCGAUGCCAGGACUUAGAUGCUGCCUACAAACGGGCACAGGCUGUUCGAGGCUAUCUCACUGACCUCAUCGAGUGUCUGGAUGAAAAGAUGCCCCAACUUGAAGCUCUGGAAGCCCGCGCUCUGAUGCUUCACAAGCGUCGCUGCGAAUUCCUCAUCGAGAGGCGUAGAGCUGACGUCAGAGAUCAGGCGCAAGAUGUUCUGGCUUUAGUCGCUCGACCAGGCUCCAUAAAGCCUCCAGAUUCUGAAGAAAAACGUCGUCGCUGUGCCGAGCGUGAAGGGCGUCGGCGCGCGCGCAGAUUGAAGAGAGAAGCCGCUUCCACAUCACAUCUGCACCGGGACGGUGACUCCAGUGAUGAUGAACUGCCUCCCAAGGAGGUUUUACACGUUCAGCAUGAGACCGAUGCAAUUCGUCAGUUGUCGUCGUCGUUAUUCGCGGAUGCGUUGCCGGCAUGGCGUAGUAUACGGGGUAUUUGCGCCAAGAUGGCGAGAUGGAGACGGAAACACAGCACCCUGUAUAGCGAUGCCUAUAUCGCUGACUGUUUGCCGAGGCUCUUAGCGCCUUAUGUGAGACAUCAGCUCAUAAUGUGGAAUCCGCUGGCGGAUGAAGAUAAUGAAGAUUACGAAAAAAUGGACUGGUAUAAAUGCCUCAUGAUGUACGGAGUACGAUCUGAAAAGCUUUCAGACGAUUCUGAGUCUUCAGAGGAGGAUAUGACUCCCCAAUUGAGUGAGGGAACGGUGAGGGAUGAUGUGGAUCUGAUGCUGGUACCCACCAUACUUGAUAAGGUCGUACUGCCCAAGAUUGCAGAGAUUGUCGAGAACGCCUGGGACCCGAUGUCUGUCCGUGCGUGUAUUCGUCUACGCAAUAUUCUGGUGCGAGCUGCGACUCUUCCUGCCAGGUCUUCUCUAGAGAAGCUCUCCGCGGCCGUUAACUCGCGACUGGCUUCAUCGUUGGCAGCUGAUGUUUUUCUACCACCGGCACCUCAAUUAGCGGAUAACGCUGGCAGUCAGUUUUGGAAGCGAUGCUUAGGCGCAGGAGUCCGAUUACUGCGAGCCUCGCUGUGUCUUUGCGCACCGCCUGACAUUCUUAGCGGAGAUCAUUUGGCUCUUUCACUUAUUGAGACGCUUUGCUGCGCGGCGGGAGCGGCACCCGGACCGCAGAUGAGUGCGGCGGCUGCGGCUCUCGCGAAUACGCUGCCUCGUACGGGACCCCUGAGGACUACGGCUCUCAACAGGCUGGCCAAGUUGGCGCACCUCGCCCUGACGAGGCUGCAGUCUGAUAAUCCGCUGCAUUUAAAAGCACUAGAACAAGCAAGAGCGGUAUUGGCUGAAGCAAAAGCACUGGAAUAAGAAACUAUCAAGGCAAAUUAAUGUAAUUAUCACUUUAAACAUGUUAUAAUUAUUUGACUAACAAUAUAAUACUUAAAAAUAAUUUAAUUUCAGCAAUUGGCCUGUGAUGGCAGAAUAAAGUAUUUAAAACGUCGUGUUAUAGCAAACAUACAUUUUAUUCUAAUCUAUAUUUCUAUUUUAUAGACAUGAACCACACUUCACCCACUAAUACAAUAAAUUCAAAAAGCCAUUUGAUGCUAUAGCACCUAUUUGGUAUAAAAGUUAUAUGAGACAUUAUGGUUAUAUGUUAUGUAAAGUAUAUGAUUGUCGUGUUUAAAACAUUUGUUUUACCUUAUUACACUCAAUAUUUAGUUAUACAGGUUACUUUGUUUACCUACAAUUAGCCAUAAUGUAAAUACAGUGCACGAAAAACGAAAAAUACCAUUAUGCAGAAAUAUGCAUGAAAUAUUGUUGCAAAUAAACUAUGGUUAUUAUUUUCCUGGUAGUAACUGUUCACACUAGAUUUAUAUACAUACCCAUCAUGAAUAAUAAUGUACCAUUAGUUGCUAUAAUUAUUAUAGGCAAUUUAUCAUGUAAUGAGAAAUUAUUAUUGUGAAGAAUAAAACAUCUGGUGUUUCUUAAA